UUGCAGAAAAUAUGUCAGAUGUAGAAGAUCACAAUGAUGAUGACCAGGUGACCUUCUUUGUUAGCGCCUCCCAGAUCAAGAACAAAACAAUCCUUAGUCCCAGCGUUCAAGAAUUCUGCAGGGAUCUUGAUGCAUACUGGCUCACUCAGAUGGACAACAAUACUGUACAUAUAGAUGGCGCCAACACGCAAUACCCAGCAGAUGGUGAUCAUGAUCGCGAGAAACGCAACCCCUGCAGUAAUAGAAUUUGUGAGUCACAAUAUUGCACCCCUACUUAUGGUGUUUGGAAGUACGAAUGUUGGAAGGAAUAUAAUACUUGUACGAACUGUGGAUCUUGGUGGUUCUUUAACAGAUAACAAUUUAUAACGAUUUUAAUUGAUACUGGUAAUGUCUGGGUUUGAUGGGUUUGCCACACAAAUUGACAUAUGUGCAUUAUUUGUUUGAAAAUCAUAUAAGUGCAAUAAUUAGCUCUAAACAUUAAGCAAACAUUAUUACUUAACAUCAUUCAAUGUUAUCCAUUUAUUUAAAUACUUUCUUUUAUUAGAGGGACCUUACAAUAAAA